UCUCAGUCCCGCAGCAGCAUCCGCCGCGACAGCAGAGCGAGGAGCUCACGCGCCACCGGGCUCAUGUUUCACACAAGUUUCAAUCUGCGCUGCUUUGCUGAGGUUUUUUGCCUCUUUAACUAGAGAACGCUCCAGGACAUUCACAUGCGUGAUUGUUCUUCAACAAAGAUCCGACAGCCACCGUUAUUUUAACUCAGUUCAAUUGAUACUUCUCUGGAAAUCUACGAAAACCCAAGGAUUAUCCGCACCGAGAAGCCAUUUGUCCGUUUAAUAUGGGAAAAAUGGCAUUCUUCAUAUUCAAUAUGACUACACGGAUCUUAAUGCAGAUGUUGUGGGAAGUUUAAUGCAGAUUUUGUGUGAUGGCAGGAUAUCAUCAGCUGUAAGUGCUCAAACGUGAAUAAGUAACCAUGGCUUACACCGGAGCUCAGAAGGCUUUGAAGAGCGAUAAGUUAGAUGAAGCUCAAGCUCUGGCCAAAAGCUGUGCAGGCAGGCCGGACUUUCUUCCCUGUGACGGACUGUCCAUCUGCGCGACACACAGCCACGGAAAGUGUUUCAAACUUCACUGGUGCUGCCAUUUGGGCUGGUGUCACUGUAAAUAUGUCUACCAGCCCAUGACCAAUGUCGCUCAGCUACCCAGCACACCUGUGCCGGCGGCUCCAUCUGACUGCACCGACACCAUCGAUCUGUCCAUCUCUCUGACUGAACGCUUCCUCCGCAUCUCCCCCUGUUUCCUGCCUCCACCUUGUCCCGAAUCUCCCAAAUACUGCAACAUUGCUGAACUGUUUAUCGAUGACUACAUUGUCAAACGCAUCAACGGCAAGAUGUGCUAUGUUCAGCGGCCCCCAAUUCACACGGAGGCCCCUUCAACUCCACCUCAGAUAAAUCCCGCCUCUCUGACACCACAGAAACAGCACACUGAAGACAAGCAGACUGUUGAGGAGACUGUUAAAGGACCAAAAAUGGGCCACUGCUCUUCACCCUCCAGCUCCGAGGACUCAGGGAUCAAUGCGUUGGGAGGACACUAUUUGGAGUCCUGUGAGGAAGAGUCUGAGGAUGAACUUAGCACGGAUGGACACUCCAGUCCAGGAAGUCUAUGGGACCAGGAUGAAUGCACCCUACUGUCCCCGUCCAAAUCCAUUGUGGAGAUUAUUGAAAAUAUUGAAACUACUGUGUGAUAUUUGCUUUUCUGUUCUUUUCACAUUUCUCUCUCUUUGUCUGAUAAGAUAAACUCAUUGUGUUAAAAGAAAUAUUGUAUGUAGAGGAAAAUGCUUCACCCAUAAAGACAGUGCUAUACUUUA